UGCUUUUAUUUCUUUUUCCGUCGAUCUUGCUUCCUGCUUUAUAAUCCAAGAAACCGAAAUAUCGGCGCUGAGAUUGUCAAAACCCUAAUAUUACUUGAAGUCAAGAUAUAUUUUCCCCCAUUCAUCAGAUCUUAUGGCGAAAGAUUUCACGGUGCCGCCAGUGGUUUUUCCAUCCGGCGGUAACCCCACCGCCGGCGGAGCAAACAUGGCGCAGAGGCGGGUUCCUACGGCGCCGUUUCAACCGCCUCGUCCAUCCAAUUCCAGCAUUCCCUUCAUGUCCUUUGACAUGGGGUCUGCAGCCGCAAGUGCCCCCUCCGGCACAAUUUACGGAGUCCCCGUUGGAGGCGGUGGCUCUGCAAAUUUUGAUGACGAGGAACCUCUGCUUGAUGAGCUUGGGAUCCACCCGGAUCAAAUCUGGAAGAAAAUCAGAUCGAUUCUCAAUCCGUACCGGCUAAAUUUUGUCGUGCACAAGGAUUCUGAUCUAUCGGGGCCGAUUCUUCUCUACAUGUCCUUCUGCCUUUUCCAGCUACUUGGUGGAAAAAUUCAAUUCGGUGUGAUCCUGGGUUGGAUCGUGGUAUCGUCUAUCUUCUUAUAUGUGGUCUUCAACAUGUUGGCUGGUCGAGCUGGCAAUUUGGAUCUGCAUACUUGCACGAGCGUGGUGGGGUACUGUAUGUUGCCCGUAGUGAUUUUAUCUGCUGUGUCUCUUUUCUUGCCGCAAGGUGGGAUCGUGAGGUUUGUGAUUGCUGCGGUAUUUGUGCUGUGGGCAACAAGGUCUUCAGCGGGUCUUAUAGUUUCGCUUGCGGAUGGUGGGGAUGAACAUCGCGUGUUGAUUGCAUAUGCUUGUUUCUUGAUUUAUACCCUAUUUUCAUUGCUUGUCAUAUUCUAGCUGUGAUUCGUACUGAAAUUUUGAAUGGCGGUGCAUAAUUUUAGUGGGCAGUUUCCUAGCUUCUGGGUCAUUUUGAUUAAUGUUGUAGUCAUACUGAUGGAAAAUUGAGAUGUAGAAAAUGGAAAUAUUUCUGUAAUUGAAAUUUUUCUUACUGUGCAUCGCUUUAGUUGCAGUAUUGUUUUAUGAAA